AUGAAAAAGCAGGCGAACCACCUGAACGCCCUAAAUGACAUUAGCAACCAAAAUGAGGACACGAAGCACAACUACGUGAAUUCCAGUGUGGACAACCACAAAUACUGGCAGUACAACACCCUCCUGCUUUACAAUGUGAUUAUGAUAUACACAUGCGAAUGGCCCUCUCUCUUUAUCGAGUGGGUGCCCAACGUGUGGAGGAGUGACGAUGAUGUUUACAACCAAGACCUCAUCCUGGGUACGUACACCACGGAGAAGAACAACUACAUAUUGAUUCUGGAGGUAAACCUCCCAAGUGAAGAAUUGUCGCACUCCAAUCUCUACUAUGAAAAGAUAAACAAUUACCGACACAACACCACCAACGAUACGAGCAGAAAUUUCAAAAUGAAAAAUAAAAUUUAUCACGAAUGUGAAAUUAACAAAAUUACUUGUAGUCCCCAAAACAAGGAUGUGAUUGCCUGCUUUUCCUCCGACGGAAAUAUAAAUAUAUUAAAUUUAAGUAAUUACAAGUAUGAAGAAAAUGAAGGGAAAAAUAAUUCCGCUGUGACAUUUGAUUACACACUUAAGGGUCAUCUGUACCAGGGAUGGGGUAUUCAAUGGGGCGUAGAUAACAAUUUAAUAUCUUCCUGUGCUGACGAUUCAUAUUUAUGUAUAUGGGAUAUAAAUGCAAGUGCUUACUGCGCGACGAGCAGUUCCAAUGUGGUUGCUCCACCUGUUACUGGAAGUGGUGGUGUAAAUACCAUCGGAGGGGUCACCACAGACGGUGCAACUGCACCGAGCGGAGGGAACUCCACAACGACUGGACCUUCCGGUGGUGAUUUCGCCAACAUCAGUUCAAACAAGGAAAACUGCAAAGGAGUAAUACAACCAUUGAUAAAAUUUUUUAAUAACAAUGUGCCUCUGCAAGAUUGUUGCUGGAAAGACAAUAAUGUGUUGACAGUAUCGGAUAACGGACACAUACAUAUAUACGAUAUUAGGAAUAGGAGUGCAGUGAGUUCCAUCAAGGCUACCAACUGCACUUUGAACUCCAUCGAUGUGAAUCCACACAAUAAAAAUAUCUUCGCGACUGGUGGCACGAACAAAGAAAUUGACUUGUGGGAUAUUCGAUACACGAACAAAUCUCUGCACAGAAUAAUAUCUCAUAAGGAAACUAUUAUAAAGCUACAGUGGGACAAAUACCAGCCCGGAAUUUUGUCUUCCUCUUCCAGUGAUAAAUACAUUUAUUUUUUUGAUACGAAUAGAAUUGGUAUUGAGCAGACAUAUGAGGACUCGCAGGAUGGCCCCCCCGAACUCAUUUUCAUCCACGGUGGGCAUGCCUCCAAUAUCCUAGACUUCUCUCUAAACUCGUCCUACUCAAUGAUGAUCUCCUCCAUCAGCGAAGACAACACGUUACACAUAUGGCAGCCCUCCAGACAGGCCUACGAGGAUGCCUCAGACACAUACGAUGACACCGAAGUGGAAUAG